AUGUCUUCCUCCGGUCCCCGUCUCGUGAGCGGUGCUGCCCACCUCUUCAACAAUGACCAGUUCUCCGAUCUGAAGAUCAAAUGUGAAGACCACCAAAUCCCCGCCCACAAAGUCGUGGUCUGCACUGCUUCAGAUGUUUUUCAUGCCAUGUGCACCGCAGGCUUCCAAGAAACCGAGGGCAACCUUAUCGACUUGUCCCACGACACCAAGCGUGUGGUAUACCGUAUGUUAGAUUUCCUCUAUCGUGGGGAGUACCAAGGGAUCGGUCAUUUGGACUACCUAAUUAUUGAUGAGGACCUCCUCGAAAAGGGUCGAGCACAGCAUGCACUCCUCCAUGCGGAGAUGUUCGCUGUAGCAGACAAAUACGACAUUGCCACACUCGGCGUGGUAGCCAUGAACAAAUUCGAAAAGGCCCUCAGCAAGAAGAAAUUCGGUAAUGGCCAUUACUUGGAUAUCAUCAAACAUGUCUACAGCACCACGCCGGAAUCCAACCGUGGCCUCCGCGACCUGGUCGUUUCUCACGCUCGAGCUCACGGCAACGAGAUUCAGAAAGACUCGAUACUCAACCCCCGCCUCGAGGAAAUUGUGUCCACAACUCCACAGUUCGCCUGGGACCUGAUCCAGACUUGUUUGCUACACACACCACUCAAUAGAUGCUCUGCUUGCAAGGCAGAGCUCAGAGACAACGUCAGAUGUUCAGGAUGUAUCAAGAAAGGACGAUCUCAGCAGUAA